AUGAUCACAUGGAUUCAUCUUGUCGGCCGUGUGCCCCUGUUUCUCUGUUCCAUUGCCUACCUGGCUCUGGCCGGAUACACUGCUGCUAGAUGGGGGCCGGUGGAUCCAAACAAGAUCUAUCGGACGGUUUUCGCCGCAGCCUCCCUGGCAAUCAUCGCCGACGUCGUGGCAAUGACUCUAUUGUUUCGAAAACCAUCGUAUUUGCCAACAGUGAUCUUCCUAGAUAUUGUGGCCUGUAUUCUAUCAGGGAUCAGUAUCCCAGUGAUUGCGCUAAGCGACUACAACUAUGCGGACGACCCGAACCCCCACCUGCAUGGCUGGGAAAAGAUUGAUCUGGUACUCUUUGAUCUAAAUAUUGCAAUCAUAUGUGAGAGAGUCUUGUCGAUGUUUCUCUGCGGGCUGUCACGACGUGGUCGUUCGGACCUGGAGGUGAGCAGGCCUCGAUCAAGAGUUGAGCUGGAGGAUAGUUAUGAUUCAUAG